UCGUAAGGAACACUUCUUCUACUCUUCUCUGAUGUUCUGUUCUCUCUCUCUGUUUUCUAUCUCUGUCUCUCUUUCCUUUCCCUUCUCUUCUCACAACGCAAGGCUUACAAGACAAGUCGACUGUCGGGAACCCACGUGGAGUUCAUACCAGAAAUAUGGAAAACGACGCUGGAGAGUUUGUUGACUUGUACUGCCCUAGGAAAUGCUCAGCAAGCAACCGUAUCAUCCAUGCAAAGGACCAUGCUUCAAUUCAGCUGGUAAUUGCCGAUGUCGACCAUACAACAGGACAAGCCCUGGCGAAAUCUAAGAUGUAUGCUAUCUGUGGCCCAAUCCGCCGAAUGGGAGAGUCAGAUGACUGCCUCAACAGGUUGACCAAGGCCGAUGGUGUGCUUCCCAAGAACUUUUGAGGAGAAAAUCUGCAGUUUCUUCAUCAGUGGUUCUUUGUUUUGAAUAAAUAAUUUUACCAUCUGUAA